AUGGCCGACAUCGAGAGCACAGGCCCUACCGAGGACUCUCUAUCUUCUACACAGUCUACCACAACUCAGGAUGCCCCCACCGAGCCAAAGCCUGGAGCAUUGAAGCGCAGGGAAUGUGCUUGGGGAGUUGAUUAUGAUGCUGCCGUCGUGGACCCGGGACUGGGUUGGGUAGCCGUGCGGCGCAUCGGGGCUCGUGUUCGUCGCAGCAUGGCGCAGAGAUCACAAAAAGGUCCCAUGAACGCAUCCCCCGGACCCAAACUUAGCAGCUCGGAGCCUACCACCAUCGCUCGCACGUUCAUCGUCGCAUCGGCAUGUUCCAACCCGACAGCAUCUUCCCGUUCGUCGAAUGCAGCAACAACCGUAUCGACACCACUGGAAGUACCGUACACUGAGUACCGAUACGCCGGUCCCCCGCCCAGCGCGACGUCCACAUCCGCCUCGUCAGCUUUCUCCAGGGGCGACGUCUGGAUCGACACGAAGGCGUUCGCGGUGUAUGCGUUCGUCGAUAAGGCUGCUGACCCUGGCAUCGUCACCACCAAUGGCAGCUCGUGGCACCGCUGGCGCGGGCCGGAGUCCCUUACUGGCCCCAGCGCGGUGGAGCACCCGGUGCACGGCGCCACACACGUCUUGUGGAUCCGCGGUGAUGGGCUCGCCGGUUGGGCAGGGAAGAGCGAUGUGCUGCAUAAGUUGGUGCUUGGAACUCCGACGGAGAUCGUGCGCAGCAUGCUUGAGGAAGACGCACGUCGGGAAAAGCGCAACAGGGAGCAUCAGAGGUGGGUCGAUGCUAAAGCAGCCAAGUCCAAGCGUGGACUUGAGCCAGCGGCGGAACCCGAAAUACCCCAAGUCGCACCGAUGCCCACACCAUCAGUCAGCCAGCCGAAAGAACCCGCUCGCAAGGAAACACUGCAUCUUUUAUGGCCUCAGACUAAAUCCGCGGAGGAUCUGGACACACACCCGGUCAGUAUCACGCCGAAGAAGCGCAAGGGACGACACAUGAACGACGGUGCGAUGUCAACACCGGCUUCGUUGCCACCGCGGAAGAGGGCGAGGCUAGCAGUGAGCAGGUCCGCUUCGCCACUGACCCUCAGCAAGGGAAAUGGGAACGGCAAAGAAAGGGAGAAGCUCAAAGGGGCGGGCCCAAGUUCCAUCACUGCGAAACCUACAUCAAAGCGCCAGAGCAAGACUACUGGGGACUUCUCCGAAAGUGCACCGAGGGUAUCAGUUAUACCACCGUCUGACUCGCCAGCAGCACCGCCGACUAGGAGGCUUUUCAUCCCAAGUAGCUCAGACUCGGAUGCGGACCGGCCAACGGGACGGAUGUUCAGGCUGAAGGCCGGCGUCUUGGGACCUGCAGAGGCGCAAAGGAAGGAACAAGGGGAGGAGGAGGGGCAAGAUGUAGAGGCCUGCGAAGCGAUGAAGCCUGUGCUGCAGGAGUUGGUAUGCUGUGGCAACCAACAUUGAGACUGCGCUCACCAAUCUGCAGCUCAGUUUCAAAGGCGCGCCGAAUACGAGUCGGAAGGAACGUGCGCGAGCUUUGCGAGUGGCGUUACGAGCUGUAGGGCAGCACGUAGAUCGGCUAGCGAUCAAGGCUAAUGUUACGGGCUGGCAAGACCGACUUUGGAGGUACGUUUUCUCGGCCGGGAGGAUGUAGAUGAAUGAGAAUGCGUCUAGCUAUGCGGCAAGGUUCUGGUUCGUUCCGGUCAAGGGUCCGGUCGUUCGCGAUCUCUAUCUAGAACUGAAGAAGAACAAGAAGAAAACAAAGAAGAAGAAAGCCGUCCCCAAUCUCAAAGCUGCGCCCAAGAUUUUCGUACCCAGUGCAAACCCCAUCGAACCAUCCUCAUCUGAGUUCGAGCUCGAGUUCAAGCCCAAUCCCAAGCUCAAAUCUACACAAAGUUCCACGCCGACAGUCGCCCGGAGCGAGAAGAGCAGGCGGAAAGCAGAUGGCCCUGCCUUGAAUCUCGUCGGACUGUUCUCAGAUGAGGACGUGCACGACCAGAGACGCAACGCCUUUCUGGAUCCUGACUCGUCUCCGGUACGCAUCCCGAACAGAAACAAGCGUAGAGUACGAGACAACGCACCGGAGUCGAGUGACGAAGAUGGAGAUGAGCUUGUGCUCAGGCUCAAGUCCAAAUCCGAACCCACUUCCUCCAAACCCCAAACGCUUCGUCUGCUCCGUCUGGAUUCGACGGAUGCCGAGUCUGACGUCCCAGCAACUGAAUGGAAUCUCAGAUCUCAUGCAGCUAGGUCCAAGUCUGGAGCCCGGACACAGCAGGCGUCUACUUUCAAACCGCGGACUGUCUCCAUGGAUAUGCAACCGGACGACGAGGAGCUCAAUGUCAACACCGACUGGAAGGCAGCCAAGACGGGGUCAACGGUUCGAGACGGGACUGUGGCUUUGACCGUCACCUCUGAGGCAGUAAAACCGCGUAAGAAGAUCCGCAAGGAAACGAAGGCGGUCGUAUUUGCUUCGUCGGAAUCGGAGUGGGUGAUCGAUGCGGAUCUGGAUGACGAGGAGCCGCUCGAGCUCUCCGCUACCAAUACAGGGACUCACUCUCGACCGAUGACAGCGAGGAAGAAGAUGCGUCAGGAACCCAAGUCGGCGGCGCUCGUUGUGGACCCGGAUUCGGAGCUGGUGAUGACCCAUGGGAAUGCUCCCACAGGCUCCGACGAUGGGAACCCCGCAGUUCUUAUCGACUUCCACUGUGUUGGAGCCAGUAAAUUGAUCGCUGAUGCGGAUGUCAUUGGGGGUGCAACUGGUACCGAGGCUGAGCUCGUUAAUGUAGUAUCUACCCGCGAGCUGGAGAAAUCGCAGACUGUCGCAUAUCCGACGAUGGUGCCGGCGAUAGUGGGUCCUUCACCGACCACACCUGGCCACUUUCAGAUUCAGAGCAUCGCCUUCGAAUUUCCGGACAAACAGUUGGGACUUGUCGUGGCUGGCCAUCGGCGCAAUGCCAAAUUGAGUCAUAACCACAAGUCCAUCUGGCCGGGUGUGCUGGUGAACUUGCUGAUUGUGUGUAAGCAGCAUCUGGAUGACCCAGAGGUGGACUGGGACGCCGCAGUCCAUGCCCUAGAGGUUUAUUACCGGGAAAUUAGUACACUCGAGUUGCACGAUGAGAAUGAGGUCGAGGGCGGUCAAGGUUCGGACGGUCGACUGAUAGACCCGGAGCUGUGCAGGGUGAUGCACGUGGGGGACAACGACAAGACGGAGGAAGAGGACGUGCUCCUCCCAGCCCACAUCGAUUGGUUUUUUCCGACGAAGUCCUGUGUGGCUUGUCUUGAGCGGUGGGAGGAUGAUCGCACAAUUCAGGUGUUCACUUCGUCACUCCCCCGUGCAGAUGCGCUCGCAUACUACGCGCCACUCUGCGCGCAUCUCGAGUCCGUGCAUCCGUUAGAUGUGCGCGUCGUGCUGGAUCUCACUGUGGGCCUCUCUGCGAGAGACGACGUGUGGCGCGUCUUGGACGGUUGUUGAAGGGAUGCAGUGGCUGCUAUUUAGUUGCUAGUGCUAGAGUCGCGAGCAAUGGUUACGACCUCGUGUGCUGGACAUGUCCCUACUUUGAAUGACUACCAAUGCCGAUUUCGAGCAUUUUCCAGAUUUCAGACCAUCGAGCAUUACAUCGAUCAGAU